GUGAUUGGCUGUUCAGUACCAGACACGCCCUCCAUCAAGCAUCGACGCCAAAGCCCCGGGUGAAUGUCAUUGAGGUGAGAGCCUGCAGAAGGACUGGAGAGGACAGUCUUGUGAGCUGCAUGAGAAAGACCAUGGAAGAAUGUUAUGGGGAGAAGAGCGUGGCCUUGGGGGGAACUUUCGUCAUACAGAAGGGGAAGGCAAAGAUCCAUAUCAUGCCGUUUGAAUUCUCCGCCUGCCCUCUAAACUCCAUUGAGGACGUGAGUAACUGGCUCAGACAUUUUGAAGUCAGUGCUCCACUGAUCUUUCAAACUGUCAUGGUGUCCCGAGACCCAGGUCUUGACCUGAGAGUGGAGCAUACGCAUGGCUUCAGUCACCAUGGUGAGGGGGGCCAUUACUACAUAGACACCACCCCAAACACAGUGGAGUACCUGGGAUACUUCCUGCCCGCUGAGUUUAUCUACCGUAUCGACCGACCCACAGAGACACACAAUAUUGGCCAGGAUUAAAGUAUUGACAGUUUAUAUUUGUUUUUGCAUUUAAUAAGCUAUAAUUAAUUGUGCCCUGUUUACCAGGAGCACUUUAUAUUGAUGAAUAGUAAAUAAAUAAAAUACGUAUUGAGCGAUUUGAGCAGUUUUCACAAUGCAAUCAAUCUCUCUACAUUUUGUACUACUUGAUGGUCAAGCCAUUUCAAUUAGCAA